AAGUGAGAAGGAAACUCAGAAGAAAAAUCCUCUGGGGUUUUCUCUUCUGAGGAAUGGAUGAAUCUCCUCGUCUCGUUAGAUCAUUUUCUAAUCCGUUGCAGGUUUCUCGUGAAGUUAAAGAGGGUGACCCGAUUCAUGACGCGGUGCGUGUUCUUACAGAAUCGAUUUCUUUCGGCAGAUUUGUGUCGGAAUCGCUUUCAUGGGAGAAAUGGUCGACAUUUUCUCACAAUCGUUACUUGGAAGAAGUCGAAAAGUUUUCGAAACCGGGAUCCGUUGCUCAAAUGAAGGCUUUUUUCGAAGCUCAUUACAAGAGAAGAGCUGCAAUGAGAGCAGCGGCAUUGCUUGAACAAGCCGACAUUGUCACCAAUGAUGCCUCUCAAAUAGGAACUAUAAAUACGGAUUUAGCCGAUUUGGGCACAUCAUUGGCUGUGAAUCAACCGGAGAAGGAUGCUUCUGAUGAUGAGAUAGCUGAUAAUGCCGGUGUAGAUGCAGGCAAUCUUAAUGUUGUAAGAGAAAAUGAUGUCGCCGACAUGGAACAAGGUCCGAAAAUGAUGGAAGAAGAUGUGAAUAUGGAGGAAUGCCAGCAGGUUGAGAAUUCAAAGACUUUCGAAAACGGUGACAUCCAUGACAAAAUUGUGGCAACCCCAACUAUUCCCCCGAAGAAAUGUGACGACCCGAAGACCUCGACUUCUUCAAGCAAAAACAGAACAAAUUCUUUGUCAAAGUCAUUGCUCCCUGGUAAAGCAUCCAAUUCUCCAGUACCUCCUUCUAAACGAAUGGCUUCGGGACAAGAUAGGAAUGAUGCUGAUGUUGCUAAGUCGAUCGGAAACUCAUAUGACAAGAAGAAAACAAUGCCGAACCUGUUCCAUAUGUCAUUAAAUCUUGCUUCCAGCGCCGGUAAAACUAAUAGAUCAGUAAGAAUGUCAAGAGAUAUUGCAACUCAUCCACAAAUGCCAACUAGGGUAUUGAAGAAAACUACUGAUCAAGUGAAUUUAGCUACUUCAAGCGAAAAUAAACUAGCAAAUUCCAAUUCCAAGUUAUCCGAUCAUGGUGGAGUAUACAAACAAGCAACUUCUAGAGUCGAAAAUAAGUCAAAUAACCAUGCUUAUAUUAAUAAGAAGCCCGCAUUAGACUCAAAUGAGCAGAGGAGAAUAACUAUAAAAUCCCUUCACAUGUCGAUGGAUUUCACACGGCGUGCUGGUGAAGCCACUAAAACAUCGCCUAAGGUAUCCAAAGAAAGUUCAACACCACUACAGACUCCAACUAGGGCAUCUGUUUAUGGGGGGUCAAAGCAUGCUUCCAAAGUUCUUCAAUCACGAGAUGAAAGCUGCUCGAGAUCUUCGAAUGCAAGUAGAACCAGUACAAGAUCCUCUAUUAGUUUGUGUCCAUUUAAUGGUUCCAAAAGUCUUCAAUCACUAGAUGAAAGAUGCUCAAGAUCUUCGAAUGCAAGUGGAACCAGUACAAGAUCUUGUACUAGUUUGUGUCCAUUUAGUUUCAGGAGCGAAGAAAGGGCGGAAAAACGAAAAGAGUUCUUUAAGAAGCUAGAAGAGAAAAUGCAAGCGAAGGAGGCAGAAAAAUCACAAAUUCAAAUAAAAUCGAAGGUACUGCAAAACAGACAACCUUGUUUAGGAUAUUAA